UCGUCAUAGUCUGUAUAGUUCUAGCUGUAUAUACGGUAGCACUAGCCGAUAUAUAUACUUUGCAAUAUAAGCUGCACAGGCAGCAGCUCACUGUUAUCUAGAUGUACUGGUUUUUUGGAACCAAUUAAAUAUUGAAUUUUUUAUCAUCACCCCCUGGAAUUUGUUACAGUGAAUUUGAAUCUAUUCUUAAAAAACAAAAUUAUAGGGCUAAAAGGUCCAUGCUCUCUCUCUUGCACCCCCAAUUUUUCUAGGGGGACUUCCCCCUUUCCCCACCCCCAUAAGCCAACUCUGGCCGCCGGUUAACGAAAGUGAAACCAACCGUUCCAAAAAUCAAGAACCUAUCCAGCCCAAUCUGGAGUUAGAUUAAUUCGUCGUAGGUGAUUAAAAUGGGGUAUGAGAUGUGGAUGCAGGCAUUGGCAGCUCUUGGAGCUAGCCUAGGACAGGCUACUGUUGGCCAUAUUAUACCUCUCUCCUCCUUCGCCCUUCCUCAACUACUCACAGGGGAGGCCGGGCCGAUGAUUUCUGUGGAAGAAGGUUCUUGGUUUGCCAGCAUGUACCCUCUUGGUUGUUUAUCAGGAUCUAUAUUGGGAGGAAUUCAAUGUGACAAGGUUGGCAGGAAGAAAAGCAUGAUAAUAGACUGCAUUGGUUUUAUCAUUUCAUUCCUAAUACUUGCUUUUGCUGAGAGCUUUCCUCUGCUCAUUCUAGGGUGUGACUGGCUAGGUAUGGUAGUUGACCUGAUAGUGUAG